AUGAUCAGCGACGAGGAGCAGCCGUGGGAAGUGAGAAUUUCAAUGCCUGAGAUAGAGCAUUCGGAUUUCAUCAGAGAAAAGAGAGCAAAAUUGGAGUCAGCCUUGCAAGAAGCCAGAGAAGAGGAAAGUGGUACAUAUCAAAGAGCCAAACCGUUAAUACAAAGAGUUCCACCCGCCCUCAUGAGCGAUGUCAAGAAGGAUUUUAAGAAAUAUUUUGAACCAAGGCAGGUAGCCAUCGGCCCUUUGCAUCAUGGUAAUCCGAAGUUCGAGCAGGCAGAGCACACCAAGCUUAAAUUGGCAGCUCUCUUUGCAGACAAGAACAAAACUAGGGGUGAGUUUCUAUUCAUUAAGAUUAAGGAAGAGAUAAAGGAUCUGAGGAAGUGUUAUAAUCCGGAGGACAUAAAAGAUUACGACGAUGAUGAGCUAGCUUGGAUGUUCUUCGUGGACGGUUGUGCAGUGUUGUAUGCCCUAUACUACGUUUUAGGAGAAAACCAACUUCCCUACCGAGUCCUCAAGAUAUUGAUUAGCUUAGCCAAAGAACCCCGAAAGUGGGAGCAGUUAAUCACAGAAUUCAUAGGUUACAGCCUAAUAACGGAUAUACGAGAUGGGAAGAGCAGACACACAGACGAAGAAGGAAAGCAAGAGUACACUCAUCUUUUGGAGCAUUUGCGGAAGAAACUCUUGACGGGAUGCCGAGCGAAGAGCAACAGUAGUAUGAUAGGUGGUUUGCUUCUGUCAUGCGGAGACAACCAAAAGCAUACGAAGACAUUUCGUAGCAUCAAGGAUCUUAAAGGAACAGGGAUUCAUGUGACGCCCAGCGAGUCAAACAGCCUGAAAAACAUUUCCUUCUAUUGCAACUUACUGGGAAGCUUAAAGAUGCCACGCAUCCUGGUGGAUGACUCAACAGCUGCCAUGUUCUUGAACUUGGUAGCCUUAGAAAUGUGUGGAAAUUUUGAGAAUGAUUUGGGGGUCACCACUUACUUAUGCUUCCUUAGUUCUCUCAUUGACACAGCAGAAGAUGUUAAGGAGCUGCGAGUUACAGGUGUGCUCCACAAUUAUUUCGGAAGUGAUGAAGAAGUGGCUAAUCUUUUCCGUAGAAUGGGCAGGGACUUGGUGCCAGAUCCGUUGAUGUACUAUGAUGUUAUAGAGAACAUCCACAGAUACUGCAACUCUCCGGUAAUAUGGUUCUAUUUCAAUUAUUCCAAUUAUUUUGGUAGAAACUGGAGUUUUCUUGCUUUUUUGGGUGCCAUAGUAGGACUUGGUCUCACUAUUAUUCAGACUUAUUUCGCUGUCAAUCCAAAGAAGUAA